UCAAAGGUCCAAAGUACAUUUUAUGUUCACUUAAUUUUAAGUUUUAUAAUCAUUUGUGAUACCCGACUACUCCUAUUUUUUUACAGUUCAAAGAGUAAACUGUGGACUUCAAAAGGAGCAAUGUCGAGCGUGCGGUUUUUUGGUGUUUUACCCGCAAUUUCCAAGGCAAAUCGGAAAUGUUGGCAAACAGUUCCUCGGAGAUAUAUGGCAGCUGCGGCUACAAAUCUAAAACAUUUUGAUGUUAAAGUGGUCGACAAUGUGGGGGUUAUCACUUUUGAUUCCCCCGGCGCCAAGGUGAAUUCGCUAAACAAAGAAGUAAUGACCGAAGUCCGACAAAUUAUUUCAGAUGUCCAAUCGAACCCCCAAAUCCAAUCGUGCGUGCUAAUUUCCAAUAAACCGAAUUGCUUCAUAGCUGGAGCAGACAUCAACAUGAUCGCCAGCUGUAAGACUGAAGAAGAAGUUGUAACCCUAUCCAAAGAAGGUCAAAAGAUAUUUGAUGCUAUCGAGUCUAGUUCUAAGCCUUUCGUAGCCGCUAUUCAAGGUUCUUGUCUUGGUGGUGGUCUCGAGACAGCUUUGGCUUGCCACUACAGGAUUGCGGUUAAGGAUAGGAAAACUGGACUAGGAUUGCCUGAGGUUAUGUUGGGACUUUUGCCAGGAAGCGGUGGUACUCAACGUCUUCCAAAAAUAGCAGGUGUACCAACUACUUUAGACAUGGCCCUAACAGGAAAAACACUUAAAGCAGAUAAAGCUAAAAAAUUGGGUGUCGUCGAUCUUCUAGUAGAUCCUCUAGGCCCAGGAUUGGACACUCCCGAAAAUAUGACGCGAAAAUAUUUGGAAACUGUCGCUGUUGAUGUAGCCAAGCAGCUGGCUUCAAAAAAAUUGUCCACAGAUAAGAAAAAAAGCCUUAUGGAGAAAGUUAUGGACAUGGCUUUGCAAUAUGACUUUGUCAAGGAUCAAAUUUUCAAAAAAGCUAGGGCACAAGUUAUGAAGAUGUCUGGGGGAUUAUAUCCAGCUCCUUUGAAGAUUCUAGAUGUUGUCCGAACAGGUCUCGACAAAGGUCCCGAAGCAGGUUACGAAGCAGAAUCCAGGGGUUUCGGUCAAUUAGCCAUGACUCCUCAAUCCAAAGGGCUCAUUAGUUUGUUCCAAGGGCAAACUCAAUGCAAGAAAAAUAGAUUUGGCAAGCCUGCUAAGGAGUUCAAAAAUGUCGCAGUUCUAGGGGCCGGUUUGAUGGGGGCUGGUAUUGCACACGUUACGGUCGAUAAAGGUUACAAUGUGAUUUUAAAAGAUUCGAGCGGGAAUGGUUUGGCUAGAGGUGUGAAUCAAAUAUCUACUGGUCUUAACACUGCUGUUAAAAGGAAGAAGAUUUCCACUUUGGAAAAAGACAGGUUGCUAUCGAAUCUUACUGGCACGUUGGAUUAUGGUGCGUUCAAAAACGCAGAUAUCGUUAUUGAAGCUGUUUUUGAAGACUUGAACAUCAAACACAAAGUUUUAAAGGAAGUUGAAGCCGUUGUGAGGCCUGAUUGUGUGUUUGCCACAAAUACUAGUGCCAUUCCUAUUAAAGAUAUUGCUGCAGCUUCGUCUAGGCCUGAUAAAGUUAUUGGAAUGCACUAUUUUUCACCUGUAGACAAGAUGCAACUCUUAGAAAUCAUCACUACAGAUAAAACAAGUAAAGAAACUACAGCCUUGGCUGUAGAUGUAGGUUUAAAACAAGGAAAAGUUGUAAUCACUGUAGGAGAUGGACCUGGAUUUUAUACAACCAGGAUUUUGAGUGCAAUGAUGGCUGAGUCCAUUAGACUGUUGCAAGAAGGUGUAGAUCCUAAAGAUUUGGAUAAGUUAACUAAGAAAUUUGGUUUUCCCGUUGGUGCUGCCACUUUAGCUGAUGAAGUUGGUUUGGAUGUUGCAAGCCAUAUUGGCCCUGCUCUAUUUAAGGCCUUUGGAGAACGUUUUGGAGGUGGAGAUCAAAAUAUUUUGACUGAAAUUGUUAGAGCCGGAUUCCUAGGACGUAAAUCGGGUAAAGGUAUUUUCCUUUAUGCAAAAGGCUCCAAAAAUCGAGAAAUUAAUCAAGACGCCGUAAGCAUUCUCAAAAAAUACAGUUUAGAACCUAAAGGACCUUUUGAAGAUGAAGAUAAGACUUUGAGGAUGGCUUCCAGGUUUGUCAACGAAGCUAUUUUGUGUUUGGAAGAGAAAAUUUUAGCCAACCCCUUAGAAGGUGAUAUUGGUGCUGUAUUUGGUCUAGGUUUUCCUCCAUUCACGGGAGGACCUUUCCGUUGGGUCGACCAAUACGGAGCCGGUAAAUUGGUAUCUAAAAUGGAAGCCUACCAAAGUGCCUACGGUAUACAAUUCAAACCAGCUCAAACCCUUAUAGAUAUGGCUAAAGACCCCAGCAAGAAAUUCUAUUCUAGCUAAGCGAUAUUUUAAUAUUUUUUUUUUUAAUUAUACAAAUUCUACAGUUUUUAUAUUUAUAUUUCAUGUUUGUUGAGUAGAUUUAAGUCUUUCUUUUGCUUAUAUUAUUAAUAAAUCUAUUCUUCGUUUUUAA